AUGGACCUGGAAGAAAUCCUACUGGUGGUGGUAUCCAUCAUAAGCCUUGCAUCGGGAUAUAAGUACGAACUUACGGUUUUGGAUGAGGAUGUAUUCAGCAGUUGUCCUGAUGCUCCUCCCGGCACACUGGACAUAAGUGGCGUUAUGGAUUUAGCAGAGCUCUCAACUUCCAUGAAUGCUGACGGUAUUACCGUAAGCGGCAACGUAACUUUGACGUGGGACAUUCAACUGAAGGAUCGCGUACAGGUAAACAUGCAGCUUCUGUACCUCGAAAGAGGCACCUGGACGCCCACAGUAUUUUCAAUUACUUCAAUGGACUUAUGCAAGGACUUGUACGACAAAAACUUUUUCUGGUACAAAUAUUGGACGCAGUAUAUUUCAAAUGAUGUCAAGGAUAAAUGUUUAAAUGUUCCCGGGACCAAAAUUAUUCAUAAUACAUUUUUGCUGAGCUUAACCACCACCGCCGUUGGACUUCGAGAAGGACGCUACAAAGCCAACAUAAUGAUCAGAGCUUACGAUUCCUCUGGAACCGAGCGGCCAACUCGCAUUUGCAUUGAGAUACAGGGCGAAGUAUUUAAACUUUAA